AGAAGUCUUUUUAAAAAAAGGCCCCCAGCGUAUUGGCUCAAUCUACAAGAAGGCUGUGUAUAAGCAGUUCAGCGAUGCCACCUACAGGACAGAGGUGAUGAAGCCAGAAUGGCUGGGUUACCUGGGACCAAUGGUGAUGGCUGAGGAGGGAGACACUGUGAUCAUCCACCUAAAGAACACAGCAUCCAGACCUUACAGCAUCCACGCCCAUGGACUCAAUUACACCAAAGGCAAUGAAGGAGCUCUGUACCCAGAUGGCACUGAUCACACGUUGAAGCACGACGACUCAGUGGCUCCUGGUGCAACUGUGAUAUACGAGUGGAGCCUCCCAGAAUCUCACAGCCCAACAUCGAUGGACAGUAACUGCAUGACCAGGUUCUACCACUCCCAUGUCCGCCCACCACAUGAUAUCAGCUCAGGACUGGUAGGACCCCUUCUCACCUGCAAGAAAGGAACUCUGGACAUACAUGGCGACAGGUCAGCAGACUACACGUAUGCUCUGCUGUUCAUGGUUUCAGAUGAGAACCUCAGCUGGUAUCUGGAUGAGAACAUACGGACACACAUCACAAAUCCUGACAGAAACCUGAAGGAGGAUGAAGGUUUCAUCGAGAGCAAUAAGAUGCAUGCAAUAAAUGGUUUUCUUUUUGGUAACCUACCUGGACUGAGCAUGUGCCAAGGCAACAAAAUCCACUGGCACAUGAUUGGCUUAGGCAAUGAGGUGGACAUGCAUUCUGUUCAUUUCCACGGCCAGAUCCUGACCACUCUGAACCACCACACCGACAUGAUCAGCCUUUUCCCGGCCUCCAGCACUACAGCAGAAAUGGUGGCUGACAACCCUGGACACUGGCUGCUAACAUGCACCGUCAAUGACCAUCUGAUGGCUGGAAUGCAGGCUUUGUUUGAGAUCAAGAAGUGUUUUCCCAAUGUCCACAAGCCCCGUCCUCACGGUGAGCUCCGACAGUUCUUUAUUGCUGCUGAGGAGGAGGUCUGGGACUAUGCUCCUGCAGUGCCCAGUGACAGCGAGUCUGAAACAUUUGUAACCAGAGGUCCAAAGCGCAUUGGAAGCCGCUAUAAGAAGGCUCGAUAUGUUGAAUACACAGACGAUACCUUCACGACAAAGAUGCUUCGCAGUCUGGAGGAGCAGCACCUUGGAAUUCUGGGUCCUGUACUUCGAGCUGAAGAGAAAGACACAAUCAGGGUGGUGUUUAAGAACAAAGCCAGCCGCCCCUACACAAUACAGCCACAUGGAGUACAGUACAGCAUAGAACAGGAUGGGACACUUUACUACAAUGAACUAGAAGAAACACACACCGCAAAGAAACUCCGGGAGCUAAAGAAAGAGAUAAGAGUAGUGACUCCUCCCCCAGCUUCUAUGGUCAGACCUGGAACAGUGCACACAUAUGAGUGGUCGGUACCUGAAGGUGCUGGUCCAGUACAAGGAGAGCCUGACUGUCUGAGCUAUUUGUACUACUCUGCAGUAGAUGCUAUUAAAGACACAAGCUCCGGGCUGGUCGGGCCUCUCCUCAUCUGUAGACCUGGAUCUCUGAAAAAAGGAGCGCAGAAAAAUUAUAAUAAAGAGUUUCACCUCAUGGCCACAGUGUUUGAUGAGAACCUCAGCUGGUAUCUGAAUGACAACAUCAGAACUUUCACAACUUCACCCACCACUGUCAACAAGGAGGAUGAAGACUUUGUGGAGAGCAACAAAAUGCAUGCCAUCAAUGGGUUUGUGUACAGGAACCUGCCUGGACUGACCAUGUGCAAGGGCGAUAAAGUCACAUGGCACCUCGCAGGGCUGGGCUCAGAAACAGACAUCAUCAGCCUUUACUUCGAAGGGAACCGGAUCAUCUAUCGCCAGAACAGAAGAGACACUAUCAGUGUUUUCCCUCACAUCGCACACACUGUCACUAUGGAGCCGGACAGCAUGGGUCAGUUUGAAGUGGUUUCUGCCACAGUGGAUCAUUUUCGAAGUGGUAUGCGAGCCAACUACACGGUAGAGAAGUGUGGUCUGUUCCAGCGCCAGAGCGAAGUGAUGCUCCAUUCAAAAACCUACUACAUCGCUGCCGUGGAAACCGACUGGGACUACUCUCCGAACCGCACCUGGGAGGAAGAGAUGUUCAGGAGCAUGGGAAUGAAUCCUGCCGUCAUCUUUUUGGAAAAGCGUGAUGGGUUUAUUGGCUCUCAGUACAAGAAGGUUGUCUACAAACAGUUCACCAACGACAAGUUCACCAAGGAGGUGGAAAGAACACCUGAUAUGGAACAUCUUGGCAUAAUGGGGCCAAUGAUUCAUGCUCAAGUGGGGGACAAAGUCAAGGUGGUGUUUAAAAAUAUGGCGUCCAGACCAUAUUCCAUUCAUGCCCACGGAGUAAAGACAGAAACUCCUGAUGUAUACCAAACUAAACCAGAUGAAACUCACACAUACACCUGGUAUGUGAACAAGAAUACAGGACCGACUGAAGAGCAGGAGGAGUGCGCUGUUUCAGCUUACUACUCUGAAGUCGACGUCAUAAAGGAUCUGUACAGCGGUCUGAUUGGUCCACUGGUGAUUUGUCGUCGUAGCUGGGCCAGGAGUUUUGGACUAAAGAAGGAAGUAGAAGAAUUUGCACUACUUAUGUUGGUUUUUGACGAGAAUGAAAGUUGGUAUCUGGAUGAAAACAUCAGGAGACACAUCAGGAAUCCUCGUCCAAACUUAAAAGAUGAAGAAGACUUUAUUGAAAGCAACAAAAUGCAUGCUGUCAAUGGUUAUGUGUAUGCCAAUCUGAAUGGUUUGAACAUGGAGGUGGGCGAUAAGGUGUACUGGUACCUGAUGGGAAUGGGCAAUGAAGUGGACAUACACACUGUGCACUGGCAUGGCCAUAGUGUGGAAUAUAAGCUGGGCGGAGGUCCUCAUCGUGUAGACUCCUAUGAGCUGCUUCCAGCUACCUUCCAGACGGUGAAAAUGCGUCCUCAGUUUCCUGGUACCUGGCUGGUCCACUGUCACAUCUCCGACCACAUUUCAUCUGGAAUGGAGGCAAUGUAUACUGUCACUGAAAAAGCAAAGAGAAGUGGACUCUUGGGUUAAACGGACAAAGAAAAUAGAUUUAACACUAAGACAAGUUAAACAUUAAUUUAUCUGACCAGUUUACUAAAUGCUAAUCAAAACAACUACUGACUGCUACUGGAACAAAUAACCUAUCUUUACAAAUGUUAAGUAAAUUUUAAC